AUGGCCACUGCAAGUUCUCCCGACAGUCCACCGCAAAGUGCCAGGCACGGGCUGCUGCUGCCCACGGUACGAUCGCGGCGAACCAAGCUCCCGGAGGCCCAAGCUUCGCCGAAUCGGAACCGAACGCCAUCACGGCAAGUUCCGAAGGGGCUGUUCCUCAAUGAAGAAGGCUGCGACGCGACCGGGCGGCGACUGCUUCCACUCGCAAGCUUGCGUAGUGGAAUUCAGGAGGGCGGGGAAAGCCGCGCCUCACACAGUCGACCGCUGAGUGCGCGAAGUUCCGUGUCGGAUUCAAGCAGAGCAGAGUCCUGUCUGACAGAUGCUAAUAGAGCCACCUGGAGCUUCGGCAACCUUGGCAGCCUUGGCGAGCGCAACAUCAAACGAAGCUUCAGGCUUAGCAAGGUUGGAAGCACGGACUCCGUGAGUCGAGUGGCAUCGAUUUCGGAACUUCAGGCUCAUGCUGUGGCAGACUACUUCAUGAGCCCAUCGGGACCCGACUUUGAGAUCUUCCGGCAAGGGCUGGUCUCCGGUUCCCUGUUCUGCUCCGACCUCGACGAAGAUCAGCUGCACGAAUUGGCAGGGCAAGUGCAGCUUCUUCGCUUCAAGCCCGGUGAGCUCGCCUCCAACAAGGAUCAGUUCGGCACUGGAAUAUUUGUGGUGCGCGAAGGAAGCUUCAAGCUCAUGAACACCUCCGGCAGAGAGAGCUUUCUUGGUCCCGGGUGCGUCUUUGGAGAGUUGGAACUCGUGCAGGGCUGUGCUGGUGAGGUUGUGGCAGGAGAUUUGGGCGGGACAUGCUUCACGAUUUCCAACAUGGUAUUGCUGUCGACCAUAAAAGCUCUGGCAAGGACGAUCGGAAGCAGAAAUCUGCGCUUUCUGUCGGCAGUGCCUUUGUUUCGGUUUCUGGACUCGCCUGACCUAGCAAUGCUGGGACGAUAUGCCUUCUCCAUCACUCACGCAAAGGAUGCCUGCAUCUAUGAAGCAGGGCAGAUGCCCAAGGAGUUCUUGUACGUUGUCAAGUCUGGCUGCCUGAUAUCGCAAUCUAGCGGACGCGAAAGGUACAUUUAUCCGGGUGAGUGCUUGGAUCAGGUGUCGGCUUGGUGCAGCAGGCCCCAUGUAGAAACAGUCCGUGUUUCCAACGAGGAUGAUGCUGCAGGAAUGCUGGCCUUGUCGUUUCAACUUCUACAGGACGUACUGGGAGACCAUAUGCCGGACUUCCUCUGGCGGUGCACCUUGCUCCGCAUGCUUCGGGAUGUGUGGUCUGAUCGGCUGAGCUUCGGCGAUCCGCUCAUGUGGAGAGAUGAUCCGGAAGCCUUUGCAAGAGCAUGUAUCAUCCGGUCAUUUCCGGCCAGCAGCUCCCAGCUGUUCUCUGCCGAUGAGACCGCUUCAAUCUUGUGGUAUGUGGUUUUGGACGGCUCCCUGCGAACGACCGGUGAAGAUGCCAUUGCUGGCCGCUCCUUCUGCUUGAAUGAGGGUCACAGGGAGACGCAGAUCGGAACAACCCGAGAUGGAUGUACCCUGGCUAUGUUCCUGCAAGAUGCCAUCGGCAGUGCAGCCCCGUAUGGGGACAAGCUGGAGGUGGUGAAAAACGCUUUGAUCUUCCGAAACCUGGACCGCACACAACAAGCACAGUUGGCGGAGGCUGGCCAUCUUCUCUUGAGGCGCCGUGGACAGUUCCUCUUCAAAGAAGGUGAUCUGGCUUCACACUUCUUCAUCAUCAAGGAGGGUGAGGUUGUCGUGUCAAAAGGAGGCGAGAUCAUUCGGACCUUGGGCUCCUUCAGCACAUUCGGAGAAGCGGAGCUACUAAGCAGGAAGACCCGCUACUUCAGUGUGAAGUGCAAGUCUGACACCGUGACAGUGCUUGCCAUGGACACAAUGAUCUUUGAGCAGCUUGUCAAGGAUCAAGUGUCUGAGCAGUUGCACAACCAGCUGCGCCUGCGGCGCACGGACAUUGGCCUGAACGACCUUCGGAAGCUGCGGGUGAUCGGGCAUGGGACUUUCGGCACGGUGCAGCUUAUGGAGCAUCAGCCAUCCGGCAUGAGGUACGCACUGAAACGGAUCCGUCGUUCCCAGGCCAUUGCAAGAGGGCAGCAGCUAAGUCUCUGCAACGAGCGAGAGCUCUUGACGGACUUGGACCAUCCGUUUAUCCUCAAGCUCGUUCGAACCUUCAAAGAUUCAAGGUACGUGUAUUUUCUGACGGAGUUCGUUACAGGUGGAGAACUUUUCUUCGCAAUCCGCUCUUUGGGCAUCCUGGCCGGAUGGCAAGCCAGGUUCUACACCGGUGGCCUGAUCCUCGCCCUGCAGGCUCUCCACGAGAAGAGAAUCGUGUACCGCGACCUCAAGCCCGAGAAUGUUUUGCUCGACUCUGAUGGGUACCCGAAGUUGAUCGACUUCGGCUGUGCCGUCAGACUUGGAGUCCUUUCCAAGCGUGGCUGGGUCAAGGGUCUUGACUUGGUGGAGGGUAUGGCCUGGAAAAGGGUAGAGCAGGAUUUCCAGCUCCUCCUCAGCGUGGCAGCAAAAGCCGCAAGAUGGCAAGCAGCUUUCGACUGUGCUCGGAGACUUCACAGCCACCAAGGAGCCACUGAAGCGGCGAACUCUUGGGGAAAGGGCGGCAGUUGGCAAAGGGCCGUGCAGGUCAUCCAUACCUUACAGUGGAUGGGCUUUCGGGUCGCUGUCGAGACAUUGAACGCUGCUUCCUCCAGUUGUGAGAGACACAGCCCAUUCCGGAGAGGCUGGCUGUGGUCAAUGCAGUGCUGGAUGGAAGUCGCUGCCAAAGGUCUGAGAAGGUCCGUCGUGUCUUUGAACUCAGCCCUGGUCUGCCUGGGCAGCUCCCUGCGAUGGCACAGAGGCUGCCACCUGCUGCACACAGGACUUCGCAGGGGCCUGGAGCCUGAUGACAUCAGCUUGAACACACUUGUGACGGCAUGCGAGAAGACAGUCAACUGGGAGUUAGCGACUCGGACGUUGCUGCUUCAAAGACUCUUCGCCAUCGAGCCCGAUAUCAUCGGACGAAACGCUGCCGUGAGUGCAUGUGCGAAUGCAGGGGAGUGGUGCUUGGCAUCAUUCUUGCUGUCAUCUUCAAAGCAAUUAGGGCUGCGCGUUAGUCCGGUCUCUGUUGCGGCGAUGGCCACUGCUGGUGAGAGGUCGAACCAGUGGAGGGUUCCUCUGGGAUUGAUCGACUCGUACCGGUCGCUGACAGGUGUGGUUUGCUAUGGGGCGGCUUUGGAUGCUCUCGAGAGUUGGGGCAAAUGGGCUGAGGGGCUACGCCUCUUGCACGAGAUUCCCCAGCGCCCUUCAUCGCAUCAGCAGCAAAGGCCUUGGCUUGACCCAAUGGCUUUAUCUGCCACGGUCUCUGCGUGCAGUAAAGCUCGCGAAUGGAGACAAUGUGUGUCACUGCUCAACCAUGUUUGGCAGCACUCUCUUGGGCAAUGUCUCAGCACCGCAGCUUGGAACGCCUGCUUGCAGGCCUCUGUCGGACACUUGAGCUUGGAGUCUCUCUUCGGUCGGAUGCAAGAAAUGCUGAUUGAACCUGACAUGCUCUCUUAUUCUGUUUUGGAAGCACAGGGCACCGUGGGAAUCGAAUCAGCCAGGUUGUUGGCGAUUGUCAGGCAUGCGGCGCACUCUCAUCGGUACGCCGCACUACAUGGCCAAAGCCUUGCAGCUCCGGAGGUCAUUCUCGGGGAGGACUAUGGGGACUCGUGUGAUGUAUGGUCCUUGGGUGUGUGCCUCUACGAGUUCGUCUGCGGUCCGCUGCCCUUUGCCAAUUCUGCGGAAAACCCAAAGCAGGUUUUCCAACACAUCCUCUCCACUCCGCUGUCGUUCCCUGGCAAUGUUGCCAGCAGCGUUUGCAAGCAUCUCCUGAGGAGCCUUCUGCGGCGAAGCCCAGAGGGGCGGCUGGGUUGUGGCCAGAAUGGCCUGUGGGAUGUGCGUGAGCAUGUGUACUUCCAGAAUUUCCGCUUCGACAGGAUGCUGCACAAGCGACUGGAGCCGCCUCUUGCGCCCAGUCCUCCGUGCACGCCUAGUGGUGAUGAGGAAAGUCUGACCGAAGAUUCAGGCUCUUCCGUCCAAUCGUCCGAGUCUGACGACUGGGCCACCUCAUUUUGA